AUGGCAGACUAUCGCUCGCCCGUGUACAAGGCGCCUCCCCGCAAGCCGGUGCCAGGCAAUGCCGGCUUCCAGUUCCACACGCUCGACUCCAGCAGCUCGCCGCAUCUCACCGAAGGCCCGUCGCACCUCCAGGCCAGCAGCGUCUCCAGCAUCGCCAGGCCCCCCAGCACCCAGUAUCGCCCUCGCACCGCCAGCUCCUCCUUCCUGCCCGCCGAGAUGCUGCCUGCCAGAGAGUCCAUCGUGGGAUUCCCGCAGCCGCAGAGCCAGCAGAGCCAGCAGUACUAUUACCACCAUCAGCAGCACCAGCAGCACCAGCAGCAACGUCCGCAUCCGCAUCCGCAGCAACAGCAGCAGCAACAGCAGCAAUAUUCUCAGCGCCAGUAUCACCACCACCAGGCAGCACCGCAAUCACCACAGCAACAGCCACAACAACAACAACCACAGAACCAGCAGCAGCAGCAGUUCUACCAGUAUCCGCAGCAGCAGAAAUAUCCCCAGCACCAGCUGCAGUCACAGUACGGUGCUGCCCCGCCGUCUCGUAGAGCGUCGAAUGCUACCACUUGCACCACCUCUACCGGCGGCGGCAACGCGCCUCCCGCCCGCCAGAUGAGCCAGAUGAGCCAGGUCAGCUUCGAUACCAGAUUCAGCACCAUCUCCCAGCGCCCACAGGUCAGCUACGUUGCUCUCAUGCGCAAGCAAAAGGCUACUGUCUGGUGUGACCGGGCCCAGACAGAGGACCCCCGCCUGCUCGCCCAGCGUCGCGCCGCCAAACAGCGAGCCCUGCUGGAAGUCCACGGCGGCUCCUCCACACGCAGCAGCACCCUGAUCAGCGCAGGGAAGAUCAGACACAGCGGCAACGGCCGUUCUAUAAGCUACAACACAAGCACAAUGGUUGGCGCCGGCGUUCCCCUACGACUAAGCGCAAACGAAGUAGGGGAUGCAGACGAUGAAGAUGACCGCAUAGACGCCAGCCAGCUUGUACACCGCCGUACGGGGAGCAGCAGAAGUUCGACGGCCAGCAAUCGCAUAUCUAUAGCUCACCAGCGAGCCGGCCAGACCCGUCUCAGCAGCAGUAGCAGUGCAAAUAAUACUCCUCCCAACGCAGAUAUACCAGACAUCAUCGAGACACCUGCUGCUCCGCUAGAGAAUAUCAAAGAUGAAGAUUUCUUAAAGACACCCAAUCGAUCGUCUACUAAUACCUCAGACCAGCGUCCGACUACCUCACACAGUGAAGAAGAGGACGAGUUCGGCAAGAUUACUGAAAUGGCUGCUCCCACAGGCAUUUCGACAGCCAUGCAGAAACGGAAGAUCUCAGACGAUCUCAAACGACGAGGCAGCGUCGAUGAGCGCACUUCCAGCAUGACCGGCGUCAGGCUCUUCGUGGCCAAUCCAGAUCUAAGCGACUAA